UGGGUGGCUCCGUGAUUCUCCCUAGGAUAUAUACCCCACCAGUCCCUCAGCCUCUCCCUUUUCCUGCUGGAACCAGUUCUGUUUUCUGUCAAGGAAUGAAAGAGACGUACAGAGAUAAAGUCACCAAGAUAUCAUCGACCAAGAAUAUCACUGAACAUAAGAUGGCUUCAGGACCCUCUGAAAAGGUUAAAGACUCAUCUGCUUUAGUGACACAAAUCAGCAGCAACAAAUACAGGGUUGAAGUGGAGUCAAUGUUCCAUUGCCGACAAACCGGGAUAAAGUUUGAAGUGGAAUCCAAGGCGAUUAUUGAAUAUUCACUGGAGUAUGGGAAUGACUACUUCAACCUGAUCCAGGAAAACGGAUGUGAAUUACUGGGUCCCAUAUUCAAUGUACAGGUCAAAGCUGGCCGGGUGUCAGCCGUCUACCUACCACAUUAUGUAUGUCUAGAAGGUUUUAGAAGAGACAAAUCAUUGAUUAAAUUUGGUCACUUCAAAGAUGGGAAACUUACAUUGAAAAUCCCAACUGAAACUGAACCGUCCUAUGUCGUACAGAAAGAUCCGGAGUUUUCCUGCGUUGCUGCUGUUGGGGAAAAUUUUACCUCUAUUUGGAGAAGGAAGAAGACAUUUUCAUUAAAUGGGUCGGUUCUCUUAUACUUCCGGGUAGUUGGUGCUGACAAGAAUAAAAUUAAAGAGUACAGAAUUCACCUCUACCUGGUUCCUACUAACAGACCACAUUUGGAGAAACUCAACGACAUGAAGAAAACGCAUGGGUUUAAUCGGGUUGAUAAACCUUCCCUAACCAGCAGUGUAUACACCAAGACAAACUACAUCAUCACUGGAGAACCGAGUCCAAAUAUAUGGCCCGAGAGCCUGAAGUUCAUGAGUCAUACAGAGAUCGAACACUGUCCUUUCACAGAGAUCAACAUCCCAAACAGUGCAGAGCAGAUCUUACUUCAUGUAAAGGCCAAAAGCAGCUCAGAGACAGAACCUGUGUGGACGGGACGGCUGACAAGAGCAGAUGUUGAAGAGCUGUCAGGACAAGACACAGAGAGAGGAAAUCCUCACGAGCAUUUCCUGGAUAAAUAUCGUUCACAACUUAUAGAAAGCGUGGAUAAUGUCAAGCCUGUUCUAGAUAAACUCACGGAGCAGAAGCUUCUAGAAGGACAGCAGUACAGUCACAUCACAUGUCACCCAACGACUGAAGAAAUGAUGAGGAGGUUCCUCAGAAUUGUGGAGAAUUACGGCCGUGAAGACAAAGAUAAGGUCUAUAAGAUUCUGAAGACCUACAACAAAUCAGUCAUCAAAAGGAUAGAAAGAGGGAACUGAGACCACCACCAGAUUCCACCGAUGAGCCAUGGAUAUGAGUGGACAUGUUGUCUCCGUAGACUGGCGUUUGAUUGACUUUUAUCCAUUCAGC